CGUUUUGCCAGACCUCUGUUUCUACCUUGCAGUCCCACUGGAACGCCCAAUCAUUAACAAGGAGAGGCUCUCUGGUUCCUACCGUCUCUCUGCCUAUUACCUGGCGAAGAUGACAAGUGAGCUGCCCUUAAUAAUCAUCCAGCCCAUCGUCAGCAUCACCAUCGCCUUCUGGAUGGGUGGGCUCAAUGGAGUCAUCGCCUACUUUGUGGAUUUAGCCAUGAUCAUUCUUGGAUCCGUCACAGCACAAUCCAUUGGCCUGUUCGCCAGUGCCCUCUUCCUCAGGAUUGACCAGUCCAUCAUCUUCGCUACAAUCUUCAUGCUGACCACUCUGCUGCUCGGAGGAUUCUACAUCCAGCAUCUGCCUGCCUGGCUCACCUGGGCCCGCUACUUUGCGUUUGUCCUCUACCCCUUCCACGUGAUGCUCAGUGUUGAAUUCUCCAACGAUCAUUACAUUCUAUGCAAAGCGGAGAACUCUGCCUAUCAAUACUGCAAUCUGGCCAGAAAUGCAACCAAUAGCUCCGUCUACAUCCCCAGGGACGAGAUCCUGGCCUUUUUCAACGUUACUCUCCCGAUCUGGGUGAACAUCCUCAUUCUCCUCCUGUUUAUGGUGGCUUUCCGAAUUGCCUGCUAUCUUCUGCUCAGAUUCUAUCGGAAGCCAUGAUCGCACCUUCUACAAUUUUCCUUAUGGUCUUGGGCCUGGAGGGGGAAGGGGAGGGGGUGAAAUCUGGAUCUGGGCUCAAUAUCAGGUACAGAAGGGAAUAUAUUUAAUGCUGGCUGCUGCUCCAUGGACGUGUGCACCAUCAGUUGACUUAUGGGAUCAAGGGGAAACUAUGCAGUCACCAUACCCCACUCCCCCCCACC